GCAAACUCAGGCACAAUGGUUGGUAAACCCUAGUCCGGCUCGCUCUCAGUCACAUGACAGAUAAUCCGGAGCGGCAGUUCCGCGUUUGUUGCGACAAGCAGAGCAAAUUACAAUGACAGGCGAAAUGGAUACUCACAGCAGUGUCUAUCUGUAUGGUUUUGUGUAAUCGUUUCCGCUGUGAUCGCCUCUCGGGUGGACCUCGGUGGAAAAGCGGAGUGGCGUGGGGACCUUCAGCAGCAUGUUCAGCAGGGUCAGGUCGGCCGUGGCCAGUUUGGUGGGCGGCUUUAUGGCCGGAUCAUCCAGCAGCGGAGAGAGAGCCAGCGGCGCGGAUUUGCCGAUGAAGUUUCCGUACGAGAGGCCGGUGUUCCUGGGACUGUCUCAAGACGAGGUGGAGUGUUCGGCUGAUCAUGCUGCGCGACCCAUCCUCAUUCUCAAAGAGACCAAGAGGUUACCGUGGGCAACUGGAUACGCAGAGGUGAUAAAUGCUGGAAAAAGUGCUGUAAAUGAGGACCAGGCCUGCUGUGAAUUCAUGGUGGUGAAGAAGAGGCCCACUGGGUCCUUCACACCCUGCAAACCAUCCAAGAGGAGAUCUUCACUGCCUAAUGGAGAGGGCCACAACCUUUCUGAGAGCUCAAUGGAGAAUGCGGAGCUGGUCUUCCACUACUGGGCUCUGUUUGAUGGGCACGCUGGCUCAGGUGCAGCUAUAAUGGCCUCCAGACUGCUGCAACAGCACAUUGUGGAGCAGCUCCAGGAGAUUGUGGAUAUCCUGCAAAACCCAGCAUUGCUGCCACCCACUGUAAUGGGAGACGACCUGGAUCAUACCAGUACCCCCUGCAUGCCCCGAGCUCUAACACGAGCAUCCUCGCUGCGCAACUCACCCUGCACAGCUGCGCCACGCUUUUUCACAGAGAAGAAGAUCCAGCACGAGAGCCUGGUGAUUGGCGCCCUCGAGAAUGCCUUCAAAUACAUGGAUGCCCAGAUCGAGAGGGAAAGAGUUGUGUAUAAUAUCACAGGUGGAUGCACUGCACUUGUGGUGGUGUUUUUUCUGGGCAAGCUGUACGUGGCCAAUGCAGGGGACAGCAGAGCUAUCAUAAUCAAGAAUGGUGAGAUCAUCCCCAUGUCUGCAGAGUUCACUCCAGAAUCAGAGAGACAGAGACUGCAGUUUCUGGGUUACAUGCAGCCUCAUCUCUUAGGCGGAGAGUUUACACACCUGGAGUUCCCUAGGAGGGUCCAGAGGAAGGAAGUGGGUAAAAAGAUGCUGUACCGUGACUUCACCAUGUCUGGCUGGGCGUACAAAACCAUCGAGGACGAGGACCUCCGAUUCCCAUUAAUAUACGGCGAAGGAAAGAAGGCUCGAGUGUUGGCUACAAUCGGCGUGACACGUGGGCUCGGUGAUCAUGACCUCAAAGUGCACGACUCUAAUAUCUACAUUAAACCAUUUUUGUCCUGCUUUCCUGAGGUGAGAAUAUAUAACCUGAUACAGCAUGAGCAUGGCACUGAUGAUGUGCUGGUGAUGGGCACUGAUGGCCUGUGGGACGUUCUCUCCAAUGAAGAAGUGACCGAAUACGUCACUUCUUUUCUCGCUAACUGUAAUCCCGAUGACCUGAACAGGUACACCAUGGCAGCACAGGAUGUGGUGAUGCGUGCUCGGGGCACGCUCAGGGACCGUGGAUGGCGUAUAACAGACGACCGCCUUGGCUCCGGUGAUGACAUUUCCGUUUAUAUCAUCCCACUUAUGUAUGGUAACCGACAGUCAUAAAGCAGGGGUUUCUCUUCUGAACCUGUCACUUUAAUACACACUUAGAUAUCUUUCCACAAUCUGUAAUACAAAGUGUACAGUAGACAGAACAACAUGUAUACAAUUCCCAUUUCCAGACACUUAACAAUAAUCCUGUUUGGUGGUAGUGUUUGUGUAAGGCUGGAUGAAGGCAUGUUUUAUUGUUAUUUAGCAGGGAAUAUGGAUGUGUAAGAAAAUGAGCAUUUCCAAAUCUGUAAUUCCAUUUUUUAAUGGUUGUUGUUCUAAUUCAUAUCUAAGUGCUCACUACAUUUGGUACAUUUAUUAAUUAAGCAAUAUUCAAGGUA